GCUAAGUCAAAAUCAGGCAGGUUUUCAGAGACAAUAAGAUUGAAUGACGCGGAAGAUAGUCCACAGCACACCUACAACAUAUCGCUAAUUUCUCGACUUGUACCUGUGACAACCUAUGGUGUAAACAAGCAGUUUUACUGUCGAUUGAGCUUUCAGUGUUUUAUCUUCCAGUCCGCUCAGUCCCGUCGCCUGUAUUCAUGUUUUAACGGAACGGAGGUUAGUUCGACGUCAGCACACGACUAAACCGUGAUGCACAGGACUCAGUGUUACAUGUAGCUCCACGGAGGGCAACGAAGCGGCUGCUUUUAAACAUUAACUCUAUGAAGAAAUCACCAGCUAACACAACGCUGCUCCUACAAUGAGGAGGCUGUCGAAGAAAAGGGCUCUGACUCUCGUGAAGGAGCUGGACGCUUUCGCCAAAGUCCCUGAGAGCUAUGUGGAGUCAUCAGCCAGCGGAGGGACAGUGUCUUUACUGGCAUUCACCGUCAUGGCUGUCCUUGCCUUCCUGGAGUUCUUUGUGUACAGAGACACAUGGAUGAAGUAUGAGUAUGAGGUGGAUAAAGACUUCAUCAGCAAACUGAAGAUAAAUGUGGACAUCACAGUGGCGAUGAGAUGCAAGUACAUAGGUGCAGAUGUUCUGGAUGUAGCAGAAACUAUGGUAGUCUCUGAGGGCUUGACAUAUGAACCAGUCAAUUUUGAGCUCACACCACAGCAAAGAUUAUGGCAGAUGACACUGCUGCACAUCCAGGAUCGUCUGAGGGUGGAGCACGCUCUCCAGGAUGUACUAUUCAAAGCUGCAAUAAAAGGAUCUCCUCCUGAACCCCCUCCAAAUGAGGACGACCCAUCUUCCCAUAGUGCCUGCAGAAUACAUGGACAUCUUUAUGUGAACAAGGUGGCUGGAAAUUUCCACAUUACUGUUGGCAAAUCCAUCCCACACCCAAGAGGCCAUGCUCAUCUAUCUGCACUUGUCAGCGAUGAUUCAUAUAACUUCUCGCACCGAAUUGACCACCUCUCCUUCGGAGAAGCGAUUCCUGGAAUCAUCAACCCUCUGGACGGGAUUGAGAAAGUCACUCCUGUUUCCAGCCACAUGUUUCAGUACUUUGUCACCAUCGUGCCCACCAAACUGAACACCUACAAGCUCUCUGCAGACACACACCAGUUCUCUGUCACUGAGCAGGAGCGAGUGAUAAACCAUGCUAUAGGCAGCCAUGGAAUCGCAGGAAUCUUCAUGAAAUACGACAUCAGCUCACUGGUGAUCAAAGUCACCGAGCAGCACAUGCCUCUCUGGAAGUUUCUUGUCAGACUCUGUGGGAUCAUCGGGGGCAUUUUCUCUACCACAGGCAUGCUUCACGGUGCGUUGGGGUUUUUGGUUGAUGUCAUUUGCUGUCGUUUCCAGAUGGGAUCCUACAAACCUCUUAAGGAAGCUCCUGAGAAUCAGCAGACAGAGAGUGAACCAUGUGUUCCUACAGUAAACUACCCUGAACAAUGAACUCAUCUGUUUACCAUCCUGGCCUGACACACCACACAGCGGUGAUAUACUGAAGAAAUGUUUACAAGUUGUUUUUAUCAGAUUAUAAACAAUCUUUACUGUAAAUAUGAGUACAAUUUUUUAAACUGUCAGAAGAUGAGUGUAUGAUUCAUGACUGUGAAGGAAUCAAUUCAGCAACCUGUGACUUGCAAAGUUACACCAGGACCACCAUUAGAACUUUUCUCAGGGUUUUGCAUUAGAUUGACAUCUCUGACUUAUUUCUUUUAUUUUUAUGAUUCUUUCAUGUUGUUUUAUCUCAAAACUAUCAGCUUUACAACAUUCAACAAGAUUCAAGACUCCCGAUCACAGAAAACAAAAAUCCCUGUGUGAGUGAGCUGGGCUUUAAGGGGUUUAAAUUGUUCCACAAGUGUUCUUAUGUGUAAACAACUGUCUCAUAAAUGAGGCUGGUUUGUUAAAUAUCUGGGUUUGGGUUUUGGGCUCAUCUUUAUGAAUUCAUGUCUGUGGUAAAGCUUUGAUAAAAACUGUUUUCAUAAUUGA